AUGGAAGUUGGCAAAAUACUACUCGUACUAGCCAUAACAAUGACUUUCUCUAUCACUCUCACAACGAACAUCUUUGAUAAGUCAACCACAGUGACAGAGACAAAGAUCAAGGCAAAAACAACACUACCCUUAAUUGAGAAGAAAGAAGAAGCUGCAACAGCAUCGACAACAUUGUUACCAUCGAGACCUCUAAGCCGAUUCCUAGCAGAGAAGGAAAAAAACCCUAGAUCGGCGAGCCAUUGCAACAAGAACAAGAAGAUGUGCGAGACAAUGUAUGGAAAAGGGUGGCAAUGUUGCAACAACAAGUGCGUGGACUUGAGGAAUGACAAGCACAAUUGCGGUGGAUGCAAGAAGAAAUGCAAGUACACGGCGGAGUGUUGUGGAGGACAAUGCGUUGAUGUGGCCUAUGACAAGCGCCAUUGCGGCAGUUGCAAUAACCGUUGCCAACGCGGUAAAUUUUGUGUAUACGGCAUGUGUGAGUAUGCAUGA